UCUACACGUUUCAACUUUGUUUGAUAUAUCAACAGAUUUUAUUUCAAACAUAAUUUUAAAAUAUUUUUGAAAGGUCAAAAAGAUAAUAUUAUCUAUAUAUUUAUUAUUUUUUGGAUAAAAGAAGUACGUAGAAUUUUGACGGUGUCUUAUGUGACCUUGCUCGUUCUGUAGUGAAUUUAAGAAUCGGAUCGCGCCAUUUUUCUACUCCUAUCGGUUCUUCCCCAAUUCGAACAUGCAGGCCAGCGAUAGAUUUAACAUUAAUUCCCAGCUUGAGCACCUGCAGGCUAAAUAUGUGGGAACUGGGCAUGCUGACUUAAAUAGAUUUGAAUGGGCCGUGAACAUUCAGCGCGAUAGCUAUGCAUCAUAUGUUGGACAUUAUCCCAUUCUAGCUUACUUUGCUAUAGCAGAAAAUGAAUCCAUUGGAAGGGAACACUACAAUUUUAUGCAGAAAAUGCUGUUACCUUGCGGCCUCCCUCCAGAAAGGGAAGAUGAUUGAGAUUUGAGAUGUUAUGAGGUCGUACCGUAAUUAGAGUUGUAAACUCUGGAUCGUUAUGUGGGCUCAAAGAGCAUUUUCUUUUGUUAGAUAACUCUGCUACAAAGUGACUAAUGGGAAAUGCGAACUAUUUUAUCUUGUAAUGCUCUUGUUUGAUGAAGAAUCAGUUUCCAACUAAUCUACAGGACUAUAUACUGUAAUCUAUCAUUCUCAUCAUUUAUUUCAAGUAAAAGGUCUAUUUCGGUUA